AUGGAUAUUAUAAUACCUCAAUCUCCUGGAUAAAUGGUUUACAUGUACAUUUCAGCCAGAAAAUUACUAAACAUAGGUAAUUCCGCUAUUCAAGACUUCAGAUGCCGAGUGUAUUCAAAAGAAGACUUCAUAGGAGAAACUGAAGUUUGUAAAUCAACCGUUGAUCCUGACUUCAAAUAACCAAUUCCUAUAUUGUAUAAGUUCAAUAAAAGAUAAAAACUUGUUUUCUAAAUUAUUGAUGCAGAUCAAGAAUUAUCAAGUCAGUUAGUAAAUCAAAAUGCUUCUACUUCUAUUGUUGGUAUUUGUAAACAACCUUUGUCAAAAUUAAUGGGAGCCAAAAAUUCUAUAAGCUAAUUGAAUUUGAUGAGAGGAGAUUAAGUUGUAGGAAACAUUAUUAUCCAUGUCUCUAGAAAAGGACCUUAAAUUAUAGGAUAAAAACAAUAAGGACCAAAAGUAACAGAAAUUAAAUGGCGUUGGGGAGGUAUUUAAAAUCACUUAUUAUUAUCUAGGUGUCAAAUUACUUGAUCUUGACUUUUUUAGUAAAUCUGAUCCAUAUGCUAAGUUUUAUAGAGUUAAUGGUCAGUAAACAGAGUUAAUUCAUAAGACUGAAGUCAUCAAAAAUAAUUUAAAUCCAAAUUGGAUGAGUUGGGAAACAACAGAGAAUGAAAUCUGUAAAUUCUCUAGAAAUCUCUUUGUUGAAGUUAAGGAUUAUGAUAGAUUAGGAUCAGAGUUGGUAUUGUUAAAUAAUAUAUUUAGAUUGGACAUGUCACUAUUAAUUAUGACGAAAUCAAAAUAAACAAAAGAACUGAGUUUCCGUUAUUGACAACUAAAGGAAAAAAUGCUGGCACAUUGAAAUUAUUAGAAUUAGUUAUAAUAGAACCAUAAGAGGAGUAAGUGGAAAUAGUUUAAGAGGAACCAAAAGAAAUAACAUUUUUAGAUUAUUUGAUGGGAGGAUGGCAAAUGUCAUUAUAAAUUGGUAUUUAAAUAAAUUAAAAAUAAUAGGAAUUGAUUUCACUUUCUCAAAUUAACCAAUAACUAAACCUGAUUCUUUACAUAAAGUGGAUCCUCACAAAUUAAAUUACUAUUAAUAAGCAAUAAAGGAAAUUGGAGGAGGAAUCAUAGCAUACGAUUAUGAUAAAUAAGUACCAGUAUAUGGAUUUGGAGGAACACCAAAAUUACCGAAUUAUACUAAGAAUACAAUGGAUGAUUGUUUUCCUUUGAAUGGAAAUAAAGAUAAUCCAUUUUGUAAUGAUGUAUAAGGGAUUUUACAAGCUUAUACAGAAGCAGUUCCAAAAAUAGUAUUUUCAGGUCCAACCUUUAUUGCAAAUGUCUUAAAAAAAGCAUUGGAAUUUGGAUAAGAGAAUGCUAAAAAUAAUACAUAUACAGUAUCCAUGAUUUUAACAGAUGGUUAGAUAGAAGAUUAGUAUUUUAUUAAAUAAAUUUGAUAGAGAUGAUGCAAUAAAAGUACUCCUUGAAUGCCAAUCAUUACCUAUGUCUAUAAUAAUAAUAGGAGUAGGAGAUGAGAACUUCAAAUACAUGAAAUAAUUUGAUGAUCCAAAGUUCCUUAAGAAACACUCUAAAAAUGAUGUUAAUAUUAGAGAUAUAAUUCAAUUUGUGUCAUUCUAGGAUUACAAAAAUGACAUAGAAUAAAUGAGUUCAGCUGUUCUAGAUUAAUUACCUAGAUAGUUUAUGGAUUAUAUGCACAUUAAUAACAUCUAACCAAUUAAGAUGCAAUCUGUUCAUCUUAGUUAGGCCUAUAAAUGAAUGGAU